AUGUUCCCCAUCCCAUGGUCCCCAACCCACGGUCCCCAACCUACGGUCCCCAUCCCACGGUCCCCAACCCAUGGUCCCCAACCCACGGUCUCCAACCCAUGGUCCCCGACCUACGGUCCCAAACCCACGGUCCCGAGCCUACGGUCCCCUACCCACGGUCCAACCCACGAUCCCCAACCCACGGUUCCCAACCCACGGUCCCCAACCCAUAGUCCCCAACCCACGGUCUCCAACCCACAGUCCAUAACACAUGAUCCCCAACCCACGGUCUCCAACCCACGGUCCCCAACCCACGGUCCAACCCAUGGUCCCAAACCCACGGUCCCCAACCCACGGUCCCCAACCCAUAGUCCCCAACCCACGGUCUCCAACCCACAGUCCAUAACACAUGGUCCCCAACCCACGGUCUCCAACCCAUGGUCCCCAACCCACAGUCUCCAACCCAUGGUCCCCGACCUACGGUCCCAAACCCACGGUCCCGAGCCUACGGUCCCCUACCCACGGUCCAACCCACGAUCCCCAACCCACGGUUCCCAACCCACGGUCCCCAACCCAUAG